AAAAUAUUAUCUCCUCACUCUGGGUAUUUAGCGCCCCAUAACCCACACGGUAAUAUUCUUCGCGGGUCACAGGAGGGUCAAAAUUAGCCAGGGAAGGCGUGAGGUGUAGGCGAGGGCCAGAAAAUGGAAGUAGAGCGAGCCGUCUGCUGGGUAGGGACGUGAGGAUCAAUAAUGGAACGCAUCUCAGUAAGGCUGUGAAUAUCCAGAGUGCACAGCAAGAGGAGAAAUCUUUGCAAAUCCCACUAAUGUAUUGGCCCUCCGUGGCGUAUUUCGGGGGUUAUGGCUCCCUUAUAGUGUGUACAUUAUAGUGAUAAGUGUAGCGAGAUGGGCGGUGGAGUGGUAUAGCAGGAAACAUGGACCUGCCUAGCGGAGCUGGGCUCGUGAUUCUUUCGUGCGCGUGAAAUGAAACGGGAUUUUCGUAAGUUUCCUCCUUAUUUGAACCUUUUCGACGAUGAGUGGACGACCCAGGACUACAAGCUUCGCUGAAGGGAACAAAGGACCGCCUUCAGUUUCCUUCCCGGGCAUGAAAAUAAGCAGUAAAGAUGGCAACAAGAUCACGACAGUUAUUGCCACCCCGGGUCAGGGCUCAGAUAGACCUCAGGAGGUAUCCUACAUGGACACGAAAGUCAUUGGCAAUGGCAGUUUUGGUGUGGUGUUCCAAGCCAAGCUGUGCGAGACUGGGGAGCUCGUCGCCAUCAAGAAGGUGCUGCAGGACAAACGCUUUAAGAAUCGAGAACUUCAGAUAAUGAGAAGACUAGAACAUUGUAAUAUAGUUAAACUGAUGUAUUUCUUCUAUUCCAGUGGAGAUAAGAAAGAAGAGGUGUUCUUGAACCUAGUGUUAGAGUUUAUCCCAGAGACAGUAUAUAAAGUAGCAAGGCAUCAUAGCAAACAGAAACAGACUAUACCAAUCAGCUAUAUUAAGUUGUACAUGUAUCAGUUGUUCCGGAGCCUUGCGUACAUUCACUCUUUGGGCGUGUGUCAUCGUGACAUUAAACCCCAGAACCUCCUUUUGGAUCCUGAGACCGGGGUCCUUAAGCUAUGUGACUUCGGGAGUGCCAAGCACUUGGUACGUGGGGAGCCCAAUGUGUCGUACAUCUGCUCUCGUUACUACAGGGCCCCAGAGCUCAUAUUUGGGGCUACCGACUACACCACCAAUAUUGAUGUAUGGAGUGCGGGAUGCGUGUUGGCAGAGCUGCUGCUUGGGCAGCCUAUCUUCCCAGGUGACUCGGGUGUUGACCAGUUAGUGGAAAUUAUUAAGGUUCUUGGCACACCCACCCGUGAGCAGAUACGGGAGAUGAACCCAAAUUAUACGGAGUUCAAAUUCCCUCAAAUUAAGUCUCAUCCAUGGCAAAAGGCAUUGAUGACUCGCAUGGCUGAUUCUGCUAACAAUGAUAAAAAACAUCAGAAGCUUAGAGUAUUUCGUCAGCGUACGCCCGAAGACGCUAUUAACCUUGUCGCUCGGCUGUUAGAAUACACCCCUUCGGCUCGUAUCACUCCACUGCAGGCAUGUGCACACAAGUUCUUCGACGAACUCAGGGACCCCAACACCAGACUACCCAACAACCGGGAAUUGCCACCCCUUUACAACUUUACCGAACAAGAAAUCAAGAUCCAACCUGAGUUGAACAGCAAACUGAUUCCUCCACAUUAUCGUGGGGAACCAGCUAACAGUAGCACCGGAGGCGGCUCAUCUGCUGUGGACUCAUCAGAGGGUGCUGCAGCUGCUGCUGUCAAUGAUAACUGAGUUAAGAGGUGGUCAGCUCAGCCAGCCACCCCUGCAGCCUCCCCAUUUGCUUCCCUGCCCCUUCGUGCCGUGCCAUUGACUACUCCAAUGUAGAAUAAGGCCGGGGUGAUGGGGCUGAGGAGGCCUGUCUUCUUGGGCGGAUAGCUGUACCUCAAGCUGCAGUUUGGCUGUAAAUUGUGCGGCCCUCGUGAUGUGUAAAGUGUAAAUACAUUGAACAAUACUGUACUAGUGAAUGACUCCCCAGGCUUGAGGCACCUAGCAGCCACACCGUUUGCUUGUUAUUGCAUACACUGUUGUGCCAGUGUGGCUGGGCCCAGGUGUCCUCGAUCUUGAGGCAAGAGCUUGGUGCUGACGGCUAGCCCUCGGGUGCCCAGCCCACUGCAUGCGUGGUAGCUACUGCUCAUGGGGUCGUUCGAGCACCCAACUCCUCGCCCAGCAGUGGAACCAGCCUCGGAUGCGUUGUAAUUGUCUUGGACUAUCAUAGUUAGGUCCAUCAUGUCUGCACCAAGUUUUGUAGGCCACUGUUGCAUGGGAGUGUGUAUGCUCUGACGAGGUGUAUAGUUUGACCAACAGCAAUGUGCUCCCUCUUGGUAUUCUGCUGCCUCCCACCUCCCCUGCUGUCCCCUUACCUUCUCACCUGCAGCAGCUAGUUCACCCCAAGCCAGUGCUAGUGAUGAGUUGUGAGUUGUUGGUGUGUCACACUGAGUUAGUGCCAAUGUUACUUGUAGUAUCACCUCUGUUUGCCCGCCCUGGGCUCACUUUGUUCCUGCUCUUCUGCUGGGGACACCAGCUUCCCAUGUAGCAUCAGUGUCCCUGGAGUUGAAAAAAAAGCAAAAAGUUUAUUAUUAUUAUUAUAAUUAUAAGGAGGCCAGUCUGGACUUCAGUGAUCCCUAGACAGCACAUACUCUACCACACUAUCCCAUCACCAGUAGUGGGCGAGUUAGGGCUCGUCACCAUAUUUUGUGAUCUGUAACCAUCAUAGUGUGGAUCGUUGCUGGUUAUGGCCGAGGUUGUACAGCUGAUGGUAGGAUAAUCUAGGAUUGGACGACAUGCUUGUGCUACACGCGUGGAAGUCGUUACGAUGAGGUUUGUGGUACUGUCCCUCUGAACAGGCUGAUGAACUUCUAGGCAUGGCAAGCAGUCUGUUGCUUGUCUAGCACUUUAAUGUUGGGUUUCCUCUUCUGUAUAUAGUGUUCAUUUUCACUUUGCCAUCACAAGUACAAUUUAUACAUAGACAGUCCUUAAAGUGGUCUCUGCAGACGACCAGGGCCCUUGGCCACCAUGUAGUUCAUCGCAGUAUUUGAAUGGAUGCUACUCUUCCAUGGAUCCUGUGUGAUCCUCUGUACUGUUCGAUUGCUGGUGGGGAGAGGUGUCAGGUGUAUCAUAUUUGUCAUUUCAUUUCUUUUCUUUCUAAUUAACCCUAUUGUAUAAGUGGUUGAGCAGGAAGAUAAUGCUAACUCGGUAAACUACACCCUUCCCAUCCCCCAUCCCUCGGUGGUUUUGUCCGACACCAUCCAACCAGUGACACUUGCAUGGAAGCCUAGUUAUACCAUCAGUGAUUAGGAGCUUUAGAAGGUCGUACUACAAUAAGGUUCAUUUUUAAUAUCCUCAACUGGAAGCAACCACUUGAACCUCAUUGAACUAUGUCCAGGGCUUAUAAUUACUCUUUUUAAAGCAUUUGCUCAUUCAUGUUUCUCAUUUAUUAUGAUGCAGUGGGAGACAAAAUAAGUAAACAGCCUGGUUGCUAUUUUUUUCUCAUAGCAUGGAUGAUAUCAUAGUUAUAAAGGUAUUAUAAUAAUAUGAUUGGUAUCGCUAUGGUAGGUACAAAACGAGUAUUGUCCUUCUUGUCUCUUGGAUACACAGACCGCAUCAGCAGUUGAGCUUUAAAAUAAUUAAUGAGGUUUCAUUUCUAUAUAUAUUACAUAGUAGGAAGUAAAGCCUUAUUUUAAUCAAAUCAAAAAUUAAAGCUUACUUGAAAGCUUUACUCUUCCUCCAGUGAGACUGUCCAUUCUCCAAAUCAGAUUUGUUUAAUUGCAUAUAUCUUGUCAUUUUUAGUCAUAACUUGGUGAAAACCUCUUCACAGUCAUGAUUUAAGGGCAUCUAGCCCACCAAUACCUCGAUUGUCUGUGGGCCCAUUUAAUAAAUAUUUUGGUUAUUCUCAGUUUUGGAUUUUGACUGCUGUAUUCAUUUCACAAUUGACAUAUGUACAAUUUCUAGACAAAUCACAUGUCAUAAUCUCUUAUUGUGGGUAACUGGGAAUUAAGUGGGUCAAGCAGUUCUUUGAGGCAUUGGUGCUGGGCGCCAAGACUCUCACAGAUCAUUUAGGGCCUAGGGCAAGUAAAGUGAAGCAGGAUGGGCUAAUAUAUAUACAUAUAUAUUCAUUAGCCAACAGUUUCGAUUAUUCAGUCUCGUUUGUGCAGGAUGUGGAAUUUUGAGGUUUGUGUAUGGUUUACACUGAUUUCAGGAAAUAAGCUUAAAUUGUACAUAGUGACAAAAAUCUCAUGUUCUGAAUGCACGGGUACUGAGUAAUUGUGUUGGUGAGCAUCUCAUCACCUAGUAUAUUCUGCUACUCAUCCAGGGCACGAAAUAAUUUCCUUUCAAAUAUUGUAGUAAAAUGGACAAGUUCAGUGUUGGCCAAGUUUUAGAUGGGACUCUCAAUUAGGUUUCAUAUUCCGUUUCAUAGUGCAAAAUAAUGAGCCAUUGUGGAAGUCCCUGCAUCGGAAGGACAUUCACUGAAUACUUCAAUACAUAAAAAUGCAGUGCUGGGCGUUUAUGGGUAUUGCUGCAAAAAAAAAAGUCAUCCUUGAUUUGUGGCUUGUUCACUCAAUAGAAUGAAACACAAUUUGUGCAGAAGUAAUAUAUAUGUAUAUGUAUAUAUAUAUACACAGUAUGUAUAUAUAAAUAUAUAUAUAGACUGCAAUGUAGUGAUAGAGGUAGAAACUUUUGCUGGGAGGGGACAUGGCAAGAUCAGGUGUGUGUGCAUGUUUGUGCGGUGGGUUGUCAAGACAGGAAUGAUUAUUGAAUGAAAAUUCAAUUUUACUCCAUUGGGUGUCUAAAUUUGUUGUGCUAAGGGUGUAUAAAAGUAUGAAAUCGUUGAUGAUCCCAAGUUCCCCUUUUGUAAAAAUAUGAGGAUACCAGGGUAAGUUUCGCAUAUAAUACCUCAUGUACAGAAAAAAGGAAGAACAGUAAGAUGGAUAUUGACAAUUGAGUUAUAAAAGCUCUUUGUUUUUAAUGCAGAACAGAUCUGACAACCCAAGCACUACAAUAAGGAGCUGUUACCAGUUGACAGAUAAGUUUUGCCACAAUAGAGGGCUUAAUGGUUUAUUAUUAUUGUUUACGUGAUAGGCGUAGCAAUUGACCUGAGAGUUGAGGUGGAGUGCUCAACUGUCUGUCAAUGGUGUGACACACGGCCGCGACACUUCUCCAAGGUAUACAACGCCAAACUGGGGAAAUGGCCGAACAUGUCGAGAAAACUGACUCGAACCCGUAGUAGGAGGGUGUUGAAUGUAUCCUUUGUGGUAUGAAUUAACAUUGCUCAAGUUUCUCCUGUUCGUGUAUUUAUUGUUAUGUUUUGAAAGGGUAGAGAACGUCGAGAUAAGUGAUAAUACUGUUUUUACUUCAACAGGUUGAAAUUUGUUAGUACUGAUAGAUAAUGUUCUGCCUAAAGUAUCUCCAUAUUACAAGAAACAUUAGCUAUCAGUCAAUUAUAUUAAUUUACAGUGAAUUUUUCGUGAAGAUUUAAUGCAGGUUAGGUAUAUAGCAGGCCUUGGAUACAUUUAGGAUGGAAUAUAUAUAUAUAUAGGGGAUUUUGGAUGGGGCACUAGUAAAGUUUGAUAUCCACACACAUGGGUAUCACAUAUAGCUUUCAGCCAAACUAGAUGUAUGUGGACAAACACGAGCCCCUUUGCCGAGUAGUGUCGCGGCCCACUCUUGAUGAGGGAAUCCUAUCCUGAGUUCACAACACCUUAGCCAAUAAUAUUUGUAAUUACCCUAAUGUAAAAAUGUACUCUAAUGCUUAAAGUGUGCUUUUAAAUUAAUGUAGAUGCAACUGUUCUUGUUCUUAUGUUUUUCUUAAUGGAUGUACUUUUAAAUGACAUGUAGUACAUGUACUAAGUUUAUAGUAUAAUUGUUUUAAUAAAGAGCAGUUGUAUUACUGUCA